AUGCCUGCCCCUCUACUGCAGAGACAUUGGCUCAUCUCCCCCUCCACCUGCUAUCCCAAUUUGUCCUGCUACAUUCUUCCACGGAACACGUGUGACAUUCCGUCACCUCUCAUUCCCACCCAAUUCUCCCCCCAACGGAACGGCUGUCUGACACGAUUCACCCUUGCACUUUUAGGCGUCUUCUCCGGAUCGCGCUCUCGUUCGUCCUCGUCCCAGCCGCGGGACCAUUUAGACCAUCUGAUCCUCAAACACGGCUACCCCACUCCCGUGUCGCUGUCGUCCCUUCGGGAUUUGACGGCUACUUCUUCUGCAUAUAAUCCUCCCACCUCGACUCACCUGUCUUCUUCUCCUCAUUCUCGUCCGCCGCCUCGACGGUCGGAGUCCAUACCAUUUGAUCCGGUUGAUGCUCUCACCCUCUCUGCCUCGUCCACGCGACCCAUUCCCAUUCCUCGGCGCCGCAUUGAAUCCGAUUACGACGAUCAUCUUCCCGUGACCCCGCUGACCGGUCGCUUUGAUCACGACGAUUACAUUGAAGAUUGGGAGCGUGCCUCCUUGUCUGCACGGUCUCGACAUUUGCGUUCUCCGCCGCCCUCCUCGCGGACUAACCGACAUCGUUCGGCUCCUACUGCCGCCACUGUUGCUGCUCCCACUGCUGCUGCUCCUACUCCUUUUGCCGCUGCGGCUUCUACUUCCUCUCGACAUCAUUCGCACAGAUAUUCCAGCAUGCGUGCCGAUCACUCCCCAUUUUAUUCGCCGGUUGCGUCUCCAACCAUGUCCCCUCGUCGUCCGAGCUCUCCACAGCCUCCACGCUCACGGGGUCAAAACACUCCCACCAAGGCCAUUCCUGGUUUCUCUCUGGGCAGUCUCCCCCGAUUCCAUCCAGCAGUCUAUCAAUCGAAGCCCACCAGCCAUGCCAGCUCGGGCCAGCCCCCUUCUCCGCGCCAGUCCCGGCACCCAGCAUAUCGCACAUCGUCCGGGUCUCGCGACAUGAACAUGAAAUGGCAGUACGGGACAACGCUCAUGGAUGCGGCCACACAAAGCCCCUCGGCACCUCGUCUGGACCCCUUACUGAGUCCGGGGCCCGUCACCCCGCUCGCCCUCGAAUCGGCCGAUUACUUGACUGCCGGCCAUUCCGGGACGACCCCCCACGGUCUCCGUGACGGUGUCGGUCAGCACUCUAGCCCAUCUGCGGAUCUGGUGGACAAAUUGAUCACACGGGAGAACGAGAAGGCCCGACAGAAAAGCCGUCAGACGGCCAAGGGUCGGUGA